AUGUUUUGCCAAGUUGCCAUCCGGGGCGGCCCGUCAUCGAUCAAGGCGCGCGCCGGUAGUUAUGUCGUGGUAGGGGGUGGGGGGGCGCUACGGACGGACGACGGACGGGUUGGGCAGCCAAAUAAGAAGUCAGUCCGGGCUAUGAGAAGCAGCGAACUAGAACUAGCGGGAGGUGCCUUAAAAAGCUGGCUUGAGACUCCUUUGAAGCAUAUGGUUCCUAGAUUAUUAUUGAUUACUGGGGGUCGGUCGGAAAGAAAACAAAAAAGAAAAAUAAGUGCUGCGGCUGGGCGGGAAGGACGGGACUGGGGUCAACGUGUUCGAUCAGGAACAUCUAUCAUCAAACAGCCAAACUCGCCGCCAGCUGGGGAAAACCAGAAGCGUUGCAUCCAAGCCAGCACCCGCAGAGGGAUUCUAACGAUGACGGCAAUUCCUGAUGCACUCCCGCAUCACAAGACCUCUGACAUGUGUGCGUGA